AUGAAUGUUAAAUCGGCAUUCUUACCAUUACUGAUAUUGGGACUAACGUCUGGUUUAGUGCUCUGUGCUCCCCAACCCGGCAGACAGAGCGGUCCUGUAGAACGACGCUGGGAGACUCUCUACUCUCGCACGUUAGCACGAAUCCCUGGUGAAAAGAGAGAUAUCAACCGGGACAGUGACUAUCUUUUAGGCAUUAAACGCCUGCGGCGCCUGUACUGCAAUGUGGGCAUUGGGUUUCAUCUCCAAGUUUUACCCGACGGCAGGAUUACAGGGGUACAUAACGAAAAUCGUUACAGUCUUCUUGAGAUAUCUCCGGUGGAGAGAGGAGUUGUGACACUCUUUGGCGUCCGGAGCGGGCUAUUCGUGGCCAUGAACAGCAAAGGGAAACUGUACGGAUCUGUUCUUUUCACCAGCGAGUGCAAGUUCAAAGAAAAACUUCUGGCAAAUAACUACAAUGCGUACGAAUCCAUGUCAUAUCCUGGGAUGUACAUCGGACUAAGUAAGACUGGUAAAACAAAAAAAGGAAACCGAGUUUCCACAACAAUGACGGUGACACAUUUCUUGCCCAGAAUUUAA